CUCUCAUCUUAGUAAAGAGACUAUCUUUCAUGCUAUAUAGCAAAAACAUGUCUUCUACUCAUGCCCUUCGCUUUCUUUCUCUUUUCCUUCUGUUACUAAUUAUGAAUGGGAAGAACAUUGAAGCAAGAGAUAUGAAGAUAGAACUGCAAGAUGAGAAGGUAGAUGAAGACAAAACCACAAUGGUAUCUAACAAUUCACCUUACCUUGUAGGCUACAGAACCAUUUCAAAAUCUGUUGAACCAAAUUACAUAGAUUCUGCUAAAAAUCAAAACCAUCACCAACAAAAACUCACUCAGCCUUACACAACAAGUUACAGUCAUGCUCAUCAACUCAAUCACCCUUACAUUACUGCAUAUGGUGCCGACAAAACUCCCAAAGAGUCACACAAUAGCGAUGAUGCCUCUGUACCUUAUAUAACUAGUUAUAGCGGCAUCACUCAUUCCAAUGAUGAUACCACUAAACCUUACAUAACACAAUAUGGUGCAACCAAUGAAGCCAAUCAUCCUUACAUUACUGCCUAUAAGAAAGUUCCAAAGCAAUCACCCCAUGUUGAUUCUACUGUGCCUUACAUUACACAAUAUGAUAGAAACAUUCAUGCCAAUGAAGCCGAUCAUCCUCAAAUUACUGUCUAUGGUGCCAAGAAAGUUCCGCAGCACUCAUCCUAUGAUGGUACCUCUAAAACUUACAUAACACAAUAUGGUGAUUCCAAAACUGAUAUGAAAAAGUCUUCCAGCGUGGAUCAUUCAGAGGCUUUCAAGGUAGGAUUUUUCGCUUUGACUGAUCUUCAUGUUGGGAAUGUGAUGACACUGCAAUUUCCCAUUGGAGAGGUUUCUCAGUUUCUUCCCAGAAAGGAAGCUGAUUCUAUUCCUUUCUCAACCUCACAACUUCCCAGUGUUCUUCAACUCUUCUCGAUCCCAGAAGAUUCUCCCGAAGCCGUUGCCAUGAGAGGAACACUUGAACAAUGUGAAGGAGAACCCAUCACAGGAGAGACCAAGAUCUGUGCCACCUCUCUAGAGUCCAUGCUGGAAUUCGUUAGCACCACCAUUGGUUCAGAGACCAAGUGCGAUAUUCUCACAACCACGCUCCCCACAACCGCAGGAGCUGCUCUACAAAAGUUCACCAUUUUGGAAGUAUCAGAAGAUAUCAAUGCUCCCAAAUGGGUGGCUUGUCAUCCCCUACCUUACCCUUAUGCCAUUUACUACUGUCACUCCAUAGACACAGGGAGCAAGGUGUUCAAGGUCUCAUUGGGUAGUGAGAAUGGAGAAAACAAAGUUGAAGCUCUUGGAAUCUGUCAUUUGGACACAUCAGAUUGGGAUCCAAACCACAUUAUAUUUAGGCAGCUUGGAAUCAAAGCUGGGCAAGAUCCAGUGUGCCAUUUCUUCCCCAUAAAACAUCUACUGUGGAUUCCCCAACCUUCACAAGCCACCAUCUGAAGUAACUUCGCUAGCUUCCGCAAUAAACAUCAAUCUCAGUAGAGAUGAUCAUGUUCCCUCUGCGUUUCGUCCUUGUGUUUAGGUUUUUGUGCCUUGUUUUAUGUACAAUAAUGUGUUAGGCAGAAAAAACCUCCUUGUUAAUGUUUAUGUUUCUUGAAAGAGCUGCACAACUACAGUGGAAUGGAAACAUUGACUUGGUGCAAUGUUAAAUUCACAAUGAAUGUAUUUUAUCUAGUUGAGGCUAGCGAACUUAAAAUGUUGUUGUGUUCUUAUUCACAAUGAGCAAGACGUGCAGUGACCUAUGUAUA